AUGUCAGGAGCGUCUGAUUUUCUAAGUAAAGGUAUCGAUUUAGUGCAAAAGGCGAUAGACGCUGAUACUGCAACUAGAUACGAGGAGGCCUACAAGUUAUACUACAAUGGUCUUGAUUACUUGAUGUUGGCCAUCAAGUAUGAAAAGAACCCCAAGUCGAAAGAGCUUGUUAAAUCAAAAUUUACAGAGUAUUUAACUCGAGCAGAACAGUUGAAAGACCACCUCGAGAAACAACAAAACAAAUCCAACUCAGCUGAAAACUCCACUAAUGGCUCAACAAAGGCAAAGAAGUCCGGAAGCGGAGAUGAUGAUGAUGACGCGGAUACAAAGAAAUUAAGAGGUGCUCUCGCAGGAGCAAUCUUGUCUGAAAAACCAAAUGUCAAAUGGUCAGAUAUUGCUGGACUUGAAGGAGCAAAAGAAGCGUUGAAAGAGGCGGUAAUCUUACCUGUGAAAUUCCCUCAGCUAUUCGUGGGCAAUAGGAAACCGACAUCCGGUAUUCUUUUAUAUGGACCACCAGGUACAGGUAAAUCGUACUUGGCUAAAGCAGUUGCUACGGAAGCAAACUCGACAUUUUUCAGUGUUUCUUCAUCAGAUUUAGUUUCAAAGUGGAUGGGUGAAUCGGAAAGACUUGUAAAACAAUUGUUUACCAUGGCUAGGGAGAACAAGCCGUCCAUUAUAUUCAUUGAUGAGGUUGAUGCUUUGUGUGGACCAAGAGGAGAGGGUGAGAGUGAAGCUUCAAGAAGAAUCAAAACAGAAUUGUUGGUGCAAAUGAAUGGUGUGGGAAAUGAUUCACAGGGUGUAUUGGUGUUGGGCGCCACAAACAUUCCUUGGCAAUUGGAUGCUGCAAUUAGAAGAAGAUUCGAAAGAAGAAUUUACAUUCCGUUACCUGACGUUGAAGCAAGAUCGAGAAUGUUUGAGAUCAACAUUGGUGAAGUCCCAUGUGAAUGUUCUCCUCAUGAUUAUAGAACUUUAGCUGAAAUGACGGAUGGUUAUUCUGGGCAUGAUAUUGCUGUGGUUGUACGAGAUGCUUUGAUGCAACCCAUCAGAAAGAUUCAACAAGCGACUCAUUUCAAACCUGUAAUGGAUGAUGACGACAAGGAAAAAUUAACACCUUGCUCGCCUGGCGAUGCUGAUGCAAAAGAAAUGAGCUGGAUGGAAAUAGAAACCGAUCAAUUGAAGGAGCCAGCCUUAACGAUAAAAGAUUUUAUUAAAUCAAUCAAAAGCAAUAGGCCUACCGUCAAUGAGUCUGAUAUAGCAAACCAUGUCAAAUUCACUGAAGAUUUUGGUCAAGAGGGUAACUGA